UAUAUUUAUCGUCAUGCACCUCCCUCUUUUUCUCCCUCGCCAAACACCUUCUCCUCUGUUUUCUUUUCUUCCUCGACUUGCCUACACAGAAAAAUGUCUUCUAUUCUCUGCUCACAGGGGGUGGUCUUAGCAACGGCCAUGGCAGUUUCUGGCAUACUCUUUCUCGCUUUUUCCAGGCAAAAGAGUUUACCGUCUCCAGAAUUUUCCGGGAAUCCGAAUUCACAGGCCCCCAAGCAAAUUCUACGCUCAUGCCUAUCCAACGAUGAAAAGAAAAGGGAGAGAAAGAAAAAGAGAGUUCAAUUUGCAGAGAAUGUGAAGGAGCCAAGUGGGAAUGGCAAGGAAUUCAGGCAAGAGCAGAGGAAAAAGUUUUCCAGAGUUCAAAGACCAUGCAGAAAUGAAAUUCCCCAAAUUCAAAAAGUGCCGGAAAAUCAGGCCGCCUUGUACAAUGGAAUUCUCCGGGAUCGCGUUCACCGGAUGGCCUGCUCCUACUGAUCGCUGCAGUUUUCGCCGCGGGCGGUGGCGGGGAGGGGCUCAAAUGAAAGAAAAUGUGAGAAAUGUUGGUGGAUUGUAAAUAUUUCGUAUCUGUAUAAAUCUGUGGCUGUUAAUUAAUGAAAAUUUGGGGCAAAUUUUUUUUUGACCCAAAUUUGUGUCCAGGCUAA